UCGGCCUAUAUCUCGAAGUUGCACGAGGCAGGUUUCUUCGGAAUGCGCAUACAGUUUGUCUGAUGAGUUUUGGAUUGGACUAAACCGACAAGCAUGACCGCGCAAGCCGAUGAAGCCAGUUUUUCCGAGGAAGAGAAGCAGAUUCUAUCAUCUCUGGACAGUUGCCUGUAUGGAUUUGUCAAACUGGAUGCCCCGGAGAAUGCUGCUAGGAAAGCCCUGAUUACCAAGGCUAUCUCUGUGUACGACAAGAGGGUGAAGGAUGUAGUGGCGGGACAAGAUCAGGCAGGGACGACACACACAUUCGACCCGGCGAUCUACUGUAAACUGGGACAUCUCCUGCUACUGACAGAACAGUUUGAGAAAGCUCUGUCAGCUUAUCAGAAGUUUUACAGUUUGCAGCCAGAGUAUUGGAAGGAUGCUCCCUUUCUGUAUGGCUUAGGAAUUGUCUACUUCCAUUUCAAUGCCUACCAACUAGCCAUCAAGUCUUUCCAGCAAGUUUUGUAUGUGGACCCAGGUUUUGCGCAGGCUAUAGAAGUGCACGUGAGACUGGGGUUGAUGUUCAAAGUCAUCGCUAAGUACGACGCUAGCCAUAAGCAUUUCCGCUUAGCUCUUUCUGAUUCUACUCAAGGAACUUUAUCCAAACCUGAAAUCCGCUUUCACAUUGCUCAUUUACUGGAAGUUCAGGGCAAGUAUAAACAGGCUAAAGAAACAUACGAACGUUUUGCAAAAGAAGAUGAUGUUCCCAACACUAUUCGAGCGAGUGCAUUAAGACAGCUCGGUUGGUUGUAUCACACGGUGGACCAGUUUGGGGAGAAAGGUCAGAGGGAAACGCUUGCCAUCCAAACUCUGCAGAAAUCUAUAGAAGCAGACAACAGUAACGCAACCUGGUAUCUUCUGGGCAGAUGUUUCUCCAGCCUGGGGAAGGUGCAUGAUGCGUUCGUAUCUUACAGGAACUCCAUUGAGAAGUCUGAGGCCAGUGCUGACACUUGGUGUUCUAUAGGCGUGCUGUACCAGCAGCAGAGUCAGCCUAUGGAUGCGCUUCAGGCCUACAUCUGUGCUGUACAGUUAGACAAAUCUCAUACCGCGGCCUGGACAGACCUGGCCGUGCUCUACGAGACCUGCGACCAGCCCCAUGACGCUCUCACAUGCUACAUUAAUGCUUCUAGAGGCUCAGUCAAUAAAAAUAUAACAACGAGAAUUAAAUUUCUUCAGCAGCAAUUUAGUAAUAUACCAAUGCAACAUUUUCCCAAAAAAUCCAAAACCCUGCCCAGCAUUGAAGAAGCCUGGCGAUUACCCAUUCCAGCAGAAGCUCACCUCCCGCCAAGGCGCCAGCAAUGCGCAACAGCUUCAACAAACACCUCAGUCACAUGCCCCCAAACCCAUGAUGCCCUCUCAACCCACAAUGCCACUUACCAAUUUCGUGGCCGGAAUGUCGCCUCCCACAACACCAGCGGAGAAAACCAAGAAAAAGAAAAAUCGGAAACGGUUGAUUUCGUGUCCUCUUGCACAAAGUCUUAUGUCAUGUUUGUGAUUUGCCAGGCAUCCAAUGAGCCUGCUGAUCUGCCUAUGCCACCUGCACAGCCUCAGCCUCCUCCCCCGGCAUACCUGACACAGGAACGCAUGCAGGUGCUCAAUUAUCUGCAAAAUCAGACUAACUUAAAUCCUCAAGAAGAGCAACUGCUGCGUGAUCUCCAGCAACAGUAUUCCGUACAACAACAACAUCAGCAACAUAUGAAAAUGCAGCAGUUGCAACCAGGCCAGCAGCAGUUUGGAAUGCAGGACACAUCGGGUGGGGCUGGUCCUGGGAACAUGCAUAAUGCAGCUCACAUGGGUGCUCCCCCGUACCCACAUCACAACCCUAAACUAUCUCCACGCGGAACUAUGCAUGCACCUGGUUUUGCUCAACCACGCCCGGGAUUUUCCGGGCCCAAUAGUACGGGGUCCCCCUUAAUGAGCCCCGUAGGAAAUCCUGAAGGGUUCCCCCAAGGUGGGCCCUUCUCCAGCGUGGGACAGUUUGGCCAGAGUAAGCAGUUCAGUCAGCAAGAGAUGAUACCAGGGCACCCAAGCCCUACAGUAGGGAUGGGCGGGCGUAUGCCUGGGCCGGGGUCAGGUCUGCCACAGGUGCACUACCUUGGGGGACCUCACUCUGCCCGACUGCCCCACCAAAAUGCGGACCUUCACCUCAACCCGUCGGCCGUGCGCGGCGGUGUGCCUUUCAGCACCUCUCACAACCUACCUCAUGCAGCUGCGGGCAACAUUCCAUACAGCAUGGCCUCCGGUACGCACGGAGGAAGUGGGCCUCACCAAGUGGGCGCCAAACCACCCAUGUCCUCACCGACCGCACUGCCAUCAUCCUCUGCACUUUUCCACAGCAUGACAGCGGCCAGCCAACAGAACGCGUUUAGCAUGGCAUCCAGAGGCCCCACCCCUUCUUCCGGUCACAUGACCAUGAAGCAUAAUUCAGGUGUGCCUGAGCUGCCUGGAGACAUGAGUUUGCCAAAGGAUUUGCAGAACAUCAACCCGACGAACAUGAGCGACCAGGAGUUGGCUGAUAUCGCAACGUCGCUCGCUGAGGACGCCGCGGGCUCGCUAGCUGAGGAUCUCCUGGCCCAGUUCGUCCAUGGCCCUGGAAACGACCCCAAAGUGGAAUCUUCGGGUCAGGUUCUCCCCAACAUCUCCAGCGCUGGAGGAGUCGGAAUGUUUACGAGGGACAAAUCAUCGCUUUCUCAAGCACUCUUUAGUGGUUCUACUGCUGUAUCAGGGGCAGGGAACUCCGUCCAGACAAGCUCUGGUGGGAACGCCCUUACCCCGCAUUCCUCCACCCCUCAGGAUAUAAGGAGUUCAGGGAAUGCUGCUGCUAGCGUAGACUUUCCUGCCCGCAGAGACUCUCUACAGAGCAGGCUAAUGGGGCCUCUCCCCCCAAACAGUUCCUCAUCAUCAUCGUCAUCAUCAGCUGUUAUAAAACAUGAAGUCAUCAGAAAACCUCACUCACCUAAAUUAUCUAUAGACAUGUGCGGAGAGGAAAUCAUCACAUUGUGUAAAGGGCUAGGGAAGGGAGGUAGCCACAGUAUGAUAUUAUAUGACAGGUGUCCACCUCGUCCCCCCAGUCCACCAUUCCCUCCAGUGCCGAAGGAACAGCUAAACCCUCCUACCCCCAGCGUUUAUUUGGAGAGUAAAAGAGACGCCUUCUCACCAGAGCUCCAGCAGUACUGUUACAGUCAGCCGUGUGUUGUGAUACGAGGACUGGCCGGGGCACUUAAGCUAGAUCUAGGACUGUUUUCAACCAAAACUUUAGUGGAGGCCAAUCCAGAGCAUCCUGUAGAAGUCCGUACACAGAGGCAGCAGCCCCCAGACGAGAACCUUGACCCUAACGGGAUGAGGGUGUGGCACUGUGAGAGUAGCCGUUCACACACGACCAUCGCCAAGUAUGCUCAGUAUCAGGCCUCCUCAUUCCAAGAGUCCUUACGGGAGGAAGCAGAGAAAGCUAAAGGGAAUAUCGUGAAGGAAUCUGACAGUGAUUCAAACUCCUCGGCAGCAUCUAAAGGGAGGAAGAAGUGGAAGACAAUUAGAUUUGGAACAAAUGUUGAUUUGUCAAAUGAGGCUAAAUGGCGUCCCCAGUUACAAGAGCUGACCAAGCUACCAGUUUUUACACGGUUGAUGUCAGCUGGUAACCUGCUGAGUCAUGUAGGCCACACAAUACUGGGCAUGAAUACCGUGCAGUUGUACAUGAAAGUCCCAGGAUCAAGGACACCAGGUCAUCAAGAGAACAAUAACUUUUGUUCUGUGAACAUCAACAUAGGCCCCGGGGACUGUGAGUGGUUUGGGGUCCCCGAACAAUACUGGGGUCUCAUUCACCAGCUUUGUGAGAGGAACAACACAAACUACCUGACUGGAUCGUGGUGGCCCAUUCUUGAGGAUCUGUACGAGGAAGACAUUCCUGUGUACCGUUACAUCCAGAAACCUGGAGAUCUCGUCUGGAUCAACGCUGGCACCGUGCACUGGGUACAAGCCAUUGGCUGGUGUAACAACAUAGCCUGGAACGUGGGACCAGUAACCAGUAAACAGUACCAGGUAGCCAUUGAGCGUUACGAGUGGAACAAACUGGAAGGCUACAAGUCCAUAGUGCCAAUGUUACAUUUAUCAUGGACGCUUGCACGGAACCUCAAAGUCUCCGAUCCCAAGCUUUUCGAACAACUCAAGUAUUGUUUGAUGCGGUCCCUGCGUCAGAUGCAGAUGACACUGGACUUUGUUGAGGAUUUAGGACUGAAAUUGAAGUGGCAUGGCCGUACCAAGGACGAGGGAGCUCAUUACUGUAAUGAGUGUGAGCUUGAGGUCUUUAACAUCCUGUUUGUGACAGAACAGGAUCGUAAACAUGUGGUGCAUUGCCAGAGCUGUGCGCGGAAAAUCAACAGCCGUCUGGAGGGCUUCGUCGUGCUCAACCAGUAUCAUCUAGAAGAUCUCAUCGACGUUUAUAACAACCUUCAACUUCACACGGGACCACCUGCCCUGGGCAGCUGAUACCCCAUGGACACCUUCAGGAGUUUGAUACUUUGUACCAAGACUAGUUUUAUUACCACUUUAUCCAUCAUUUUAUACACCUAACAACGAAGAAGCCUGAAUUUCCAUCUCCGGAACACCUUACAGCAUCUACUCGGGAAUCAUUUACAGAGACCUCGUCCAAUGGUUUGGCAGGACUGAGUUUGACUACUGUAUCUAUGCAAGUCAUCGUCAUUCUAACUUAUACAUCAUUGAUAUCACUCAUAUCAACCAACUUCAAGUUCAGGGGAUGAAGAAGGACAAAAAAAAAAAAAGCACAACAACCUUGCCUUUUAUUGCAACUCUACUUCAUCCUGAUCGUCAUGGAUACAAAGAUGGCCGACAUGGGUUAUGUUACAUGUGCCCAACUGGCUCAAUAUAGAAUCGCUCAUCUUCAUUACAACAUCGUGAAACUUGAUAUUCCCAGAGCCAAUCCACUGCCGAAGACUAUUGGGUUUUUUGUUUGUUUUUUUACACCACUAAGGAUUCCAACACAAGGCAAACCUGAGGAUGGAAAAUGUCCACAGCUUGAUGCUGCCAUUUUCAAAGACAAAUACAGUCUUCAGCCACAACUAUUCGGAGUUGCGAUUGGUUGUAAAACUACCAUAAUUUUUUUAUUAUAUGUAUUACUUAAUAUAACAAUUAUUUUUCACCCUCGUUUUUUGGAUGUUUACAACUUUAUUGAUCUCAUGGAAUGUGAAACACUACAUCAACAACACUUGACCUUGGUGCCCUUUGCAAACAACAAAAGCGCCAUCUAUAGUAAUGACAGUCCAUCAGUCAUGGGAGGUAACCCUGGCUGAGUAUAUCCAAUACCAGGAUCUCAAGUAGGCAUAUAUUGCUGUGGAUACCAGGUGACUCCAAAAAGAAAAAAAAGACAACAGGCAGUUGGAGAAAAUUGCCAUUGUACAAAACUCCAUUGUGUGUGUGGCUUGUUUCCAUUGUUACCUCUUGUAUAGUCCUUGUCUGUGCAGAUUUGUAAGAUAAAUUUUGUGUCUAUCUUCAUCAUAAUAUUAUAUAGAGGUUAGCCUUCUUUGGCUUUCAGCCAUUUCCUUUUCUCCUUUUGUAAUGUGCGGAGGGUUCAUGUAAGUCAGUGCUGGUUGUUUUUUUUUUUCUCCAGCUGUCUGGCGGGGGAGGGGGAGGGGGGAGAGCUUAAUAAUA